UGUAAAGCAUUUGAGCCGGCUGCAUCGAACUGAGUGGGACUUCAGUGCUUUUAUUGUAUUUCUUGCGUGUUUUCGAGCUUUAUCGUGAGAAUAUAAUCGAAUUACUGAUGAGCUUCAUGCUUCUAUGGCGAAAAGGAAUUUUGGUACGAUUAUAGGGCAUUUCAUAAAGCUACUUGCUUCAUCAGACAACCUAACCUAUAACGUGAGAACGAAGUCGCGGUAUUUGGUAACAAUGACGGGAAGCUUAAAAAUUGGAACGCACGAUGGUGUUUUCCACUGUGACGAUGCACUAGCUUGUUCUUUGCUGAAGAUGUUACCACAAUACAAAGAUGCAGAUAUCGUGAGAUCGCGCAAUGACUGUAUUCUGGAUACUUGCGAUAUUGUGAUUGAUGUUGGCAGCAUAUAUGAUCACUCUAAGCAUCGAUAUGAUCAUCAUAUGAGAGACUUUAAAGAAUCUCUGAGUACGGUAAUAAAGAAACCAGAUUACACUUGCCAAAUAAAGUUAAGCUCAGCAGGUUUAAUUUAUUGCCACUUUGGUCAUGAGAUUAUUAAACAACUAGUUCCACAUAUAGAUGAUAGCACUGUAGAGAUACUUUUUAAACAUAUUUAUAACAAUUUCAUAAAAGAAAUUGAUGCCAUUGACAAUGGAGUUUCCAUUUGUGCCGAACCUUUGUAUUAUAUCCAGACUGAUUUAUCUUCACGUGUAAAAUAUUUAAAUCCUGCUUGGAACAGUAAGGACUUGGAUCCUAACAAACAAUUUUUAAAAGCUGUUGAAUUAACUGGUCGUGAAUUUAUUGAACAUGUAAAUUCUGCAGCGUAUAUUUGGUUACCAUCUAGAACAAUUGUGGAGAAUGCUAUUGCAAAACGUUUUGAGGUUGACCUCAGUGGAGAAAUUAUAGAACUUGAGCAAAGCAUACCGUGGAUUGACCAUCUUUUUGAGAUAGAAAAAGAAUUAAAUGUACAACCCUUAUUGAAGUAUGUAAUUUUUAAAGGCGAUUCAUACAGAAUCCAAGCUGUUAGAGUAGAACCCGGCAGCUUUGUUUGCAGGAUGUUUUUGCCAGAAGAAUGGGCAGGUUUACAUAAUGAAACACUAGUAAACGUCUGUGGAAUUGAAGGUGCUGUUUUUGUACACAUGCAGCGAUUUAUUGGUGGAAAUACGACAAGAAUAGGUGCACUAAUGAUGGCGCGCAAAGCUCUUGAAUUGGGAAGAGCUAAGCAGAGCUGUGAAAUAGAUCCAAUUAAAUGCAAUUCUGUCGUAGUCUAG